CCUAAUUGUUGUGAUAAACUUAUUAAAUAGAUUUGUUUGAGAUAUGGCUUCUAUGUGCACUCGAGUUUGCAGCCGAGCACUGUCGACUUCGGCAGCCAGAGGUUCCAAAGUGGCGGUUUUGGGAGCCGCAGGAGGCAUAGGACAACCCAUGUCUCUCUUGUUGAAACAGGCGCCCCUUGUGUCGCAACUGAACCUGUAUGACAUUGUGAAUGCCCCAGGAGUAGGAGCUGAUCUCAGCCACAUCAACACCAACGCCAAGGUCAUGGCCUUCCAAGGCGCCGAACAACUAGAUGAAGCUCUCCAGGGUAUGGACAUCGUCCUCAUCCCGGCUGGAGUCCCGAGGAAGCCAGGAAUGACUAGAGAUGACCUGUUUAACACCAAUGCUUCUAUUGUGAAGAAUUUGGCUGAGGCUUGUGCGAGGAACUGCCCCAAUGCCAUUCUGGGUAUAAUUGCGAACCCUGUAAACAGUACUGUGCCUAUCACUGCCGAAGUAUUCAAAAAGCACGGAGUGUACAACCCAAACAAACUGUUCGGUGUCACUACCCUGGAUGUAGUGAGAGCUAAUACAUUCGUAUCCGAGCUGAAAGGCUUCGACGCCGAGACUACCAAUGUCCCAGUUGUCGGAGGCCACGCGGGGAAGACUAUCGUGCCUCUCAUUUCCCAGUCGAACCCCAAAGCUGAGUUCGACCAGGAAACCCUAGAUAAACUGACCCACAGAAUCCAGUUUGGAGGUGACGAAGUAGUGAAGGCCAAGGAUGGAGCUGGAUCCGCCACGUUGUCAAUGGCUCUUGCCGGGGCCAAAUGGGCCAUCUCAAUUCUGAAAGCGCUCAAAGGAGAAAAAGGUAUCGUAGAGUGCUCUUAUGUAGAAUCGACGAUCACUGACGCCGCCUUUUUCUCGACCCCGAUACAGUUUAACAAGGACGGCAUGGAAAAGAAUCUGGGAAUGCCGAAGGGUCUGACCAAGUUUGAGGAAGAUCUGAUCAACGCGGCUUUACCAGAGUUGCAGGCCAGUAUCAAGAAGGGAGUUGAGUUUGCUAACAAGUAACUAUUUUUUGAGAGUAGUGAUCUGGACAAGGCUAUAUGGUAUAACUAGAUUGAAUUAUAGAGAAGAGUUGACUUCUUUUUUGUCCGCACAUUAUCAUUUUAUUGGGCUGUUUUCCCUAUCAAAAGUGAUGAUUUAAUGUUAUGCAUAUUGAAAUAAAACUAACUAAAUUUAACUAUUUUACCAGA